AUGCUCAUAGAGGAACUUACAGGGCACAAGGACUCACCAUUGAGUGCUGAUCCAUAUGGGAAAACGACAUAUGCAUUUUCGAAACCUACUAAAGAAGAAAAGAACCAACAACUCGUAGAUGACUUUUUAAAGCCGUCACCAGAACUAAAUUGGGAAUUGCUCGAUCUUUUACAGCCCAAACCUGAUAUCGACAGAAACAAAAUCAUUGGCAAACUAGUCAUUAAUCCAUCGAGUUUAAACCGAACGAAGAUCAGAUUCAAAAGAUCUGGAAUCGAGGGUAAAAUUUCUGGAUAUCGCGAAGAAGUGGACCUCAAUGAGGCGAACGCCUCUGCAUCGAAUUCUUUGAGUAUUAAUAGAGACUACUCAUCAAAGAGUGAUAGUAUAAGGGGAAAGUCGGGGUUUUUACCUUUCCAACCUGGCGGUUUGUUACAGCAAGCAUCAAUGGACCGUGAAGUGAAGGAUGCUACUUCAAACUUACAUAGAAACGAGUAUGGAUUGUUUGAUAUACCACCUGGGCUUUCGCGAGGGCUAGAAGUUGGUGAAGCCAAAGGUUUGACAGAGUUGGAAGAUUUGAGCAGAGGUGAAGAAAAUCUGAAUGGACAAACAUUUGAAGCGGUGAAUGAACGUUCUUUGGUGGAUGGAGCAAAUGGUGAAAAAUCAUUGGCAGAAUCAAAAUCAAAAGUUCCGUUUGACGCAGACGAAAUUGAAGGAUUGGUUCCAUUUGAUUAUAAGUCUUUCAGGUACGAUGAAAAGAAACCAGCUGACAAGCGUGAUUGGGCUCACGUUGUUGAUUUGGAUCAUAAAAUUGAGGAUUUCAACGAAUUAGUGCCCAAUAUGGCAAGAACUUGGCCAUUUGAGCUAGACACCUUUCAAAAAGAAGCCGUGUUUCAUUUAGAACAGGGCGAUUCUGUCUUUGUGGCAGCUCACACGUCGGCAGGUAAAACCGUGGUGGCCGAGUAUGCAAUCGCAAUGGCCAAGAGAAAUAUGACAAAGUGUAUAUAUACUUCCCCAAUCAAAGCGUUGUCAAAUCAAAAGUUUAGAGAUUUCAAGGAAACAUUCAAGGACAUAGAUGUCGGGUUAAUCACUGGUGAUGUUCAAAUCAACCCUGAAGCCAACUGUCUUAUCAUGACAACCGAAAUUUUGCGUUCGAUGUUGUAUCGUGGUGCAGACUUGAUAAGAGAUGUCGAGUUUGUCAUUUUCGAUGAAGUGCAUUAUGUGAACGAUAUAGAUCGUGGUGUUGUUUGGGAAGAAGUGAUUAUCAUGUUACCUGAUCAUGUCAAGUACAUUCUAUUAUCUGCCACAGUUCCAAACACGUUUGAAUUCGCCAAUUGGGUGGGAAGAACCAAACAAAAGGAUAUUUACGUCAUUUCAACUCCAAAAAGACCCGUGCCUUUAGAGAUUUUUAUAUCGGCAAAGAACAAACUAUUCAAAGUUGUUGACUCAAGCAGGAGAUUCAUUGAGAAUGAGUUCAAAGCUCACAAGGAUUUGCUUGAAGCAGGAAAAUCGAACAAGUCUCUUCCGUCUACGACAAUGGGUUCUGGAAGUAGAGGAGGACCUGGCGGAACAGCUAGAGGUGGUAACAAAGCUGUUGCUAGAGGUAGGGGAGGUGCCAGAGGAGGAGGUGGCGGACGUGGUGGUGGACGUGGAGGCGCAACUAACAACCAUGGAAACUUUUCCGGUCCAAGGAGAUUUGGUACUGAUGGUCCAAACAAAAAUACAUGGCCUGAAUUGGUACAUUAUAUGAAGCUGAAUAAUUUGUUGCCAGCAGUGAUUUUCGUGUUUUCAAAGAAAAAAUGUGAAAUGUAUGCCGAUUCAUUACACGGAGUUGAUUUCUGUACCGCCAAGGAAAAGUCAGAGAUUCACAUGUUCAUUGAUAGAGCUGUUGGUAGAUUGAAAAAGGAAGAUCGUGAAUUACCUCAAAUUAUAAAGAUUAGAGAAAUGCUUAGCCGAGGAAUAGCAGUUCACCAUGGUGGUCUUCUACCCAUCGUGAAAGAGUGUAUCGAAAUUUUAUUUGCCAAGACGUUGGUGAAGGUGUUGUUUGCUACGGAGACUUUUGCCAUGGGGUUGAAUUUACCAACUAGAACAGUUGUAUUCAGUUCUACUAGAAAACACGAUGGUAGAGCAUUUAGAAACCUUUUGCCGGGGGAAUUUACGCAAAUGUCGGGUAGAGCUGGUAGAAGAGGAUUAGAUGCUACCGGUACCGUGAUAGUGAUGGCUUAUAAUGAAGCACUAUCGCCUACCGACUUCAAAGAGGUGGCUCUAGGAACUCCAACGAAAUUGCAAUCUCAAUUCAGAUUGACUUACAAUAUGAUUUUGAAUUUGCUUAGGAUUGAGGCGUUGAAAGUUGAAGAAAUGAUUAAGCAUUCCUUCAGUGAAAAUUCAACCCAAGUGUUGCUCCCAGAGAAUAAAAAGAGACACGAUGCUCUUACAAACAGGUUAAGCAGUUUGGUGCUAACUCCAUGCGAUGAAUGUAACUUGAAGAACAUCGAGGAAACUUGUAAACUCAUGUUUGAGUACGAAGAUGUUUAUAGCCAAUGUGUUGUUGAUAUUCACAAGUCGCCUAUAUUGAAGACGCAGUUGUUGAGGAUUGGAAAGUUGGUGUGUUUUCGGGAUAAAGAGUCCGUGUUGAAAAUAGGGUUUGUUGUGAAGUCAGAUAGUGUUAAUGACAGUAUCUAUUUGCUUACAUUUCACCAUGGCAGAGAGUACGAGACGACUGAAGAGGAAUACAAGUUGCCAUACAUUCCAAUUAGAAGCUAUUUGAUUAAAAAUUUUGCCAAAAUUAAGUACCAUGGUGGUCUCAAGGUCGUAUCGGUACCAUACGAAAGUGUCAAUUUCAUUUGUAAAUAUACGUUGAAGGUAUCCAUGAAUGCUGUUAUUGAAAAUAAACCAGAUGAAGUUAAGAAGGCAGAGGAGCUCAUACAUUCGAUUCUCUGGCACCAGAAGGAAUUGGAAGAGAUCAGUUUCAACCAAACUCGACAAAUAUCCCUCCAUGAUUUGUGCGUCGAGAAAGAAAAUAUCCUUACAAAGAUUAACGAUUUGCAAGCUUUCAACUGUCCCAAUUUUCAAAACCAUUAUGCCGAAUAUCGGAAAAUACAUCUUCUUAAAAUGGAAUUGGAAGGGCUACAGAGAUUGAUUUCGGACGAGAACUUGGACCUUUUGCCAGACUAUGAACAAAGAUUGGAAGUUCUUGAAACUCUUGGAUUUAUUGACGACAAACACAAUGUAGUUUUGAAAGGUCGAGUUGCGUGUGAAAUCAAUUCGGGCUGGGAAUUGAUUCUCACUGAGUUGGUUCUUGAUAAUUUCCUUGGUGAUUUCGAACCGGCUGAGAUUGUGGCGCUUUUAUCGUGCUUUGUUUAUGAAGGUAGAACGCAAGAAGAUGAACCACCGUUGAUUACUCCAAGGUUGGAGAAGGGUAAAGCUAGAAUCCACGAGAUUGCUGAAAAGUUGCUUCGAGUGUUUAUUGAAAAGAGGGUUUCGUUAACCUCGGAAGAGGAGGACUUUGUUGAAAGUAAACGGUUUGCUUUGGUCAACGUUGUUUACGAAUGGGCUAAUGGGUUGAGUUUUAAUGAAAUCAUGGGAAUUAGUGUUGAGUCUGAAGGUACAAUUGUUAGAGUCAUUACCAGAUUGGAUGAAAUUUGUCGUGAAGUUAAGAAUGCUGCUUUGAUUAUUGGCGAUUCGAAAUUGCAUUUGAAAAUGGCCGAAGCACAGGAAAAGAUCAAGAGGGAUAUUGUGUUUUGUGCAUCUUUAUAUCUAUAG